GGGGGCCACAGCCCGGGCUGAGGGAGCCGGGGUGUCCGCGGGCAGGCUGGGUCAGGCCGGGGUCCCCAGUGUCCAGGAGGGUAGGGCACGAGGAACCUGGAGGCUGGUGCGGGAGCCGACCGGGGAUGCCGCAGGGGGAGGGCCCUCACGCCGCACGGGGCGGGGCCCCGGCAGUCGGGGCGGAACUUGGAGCAGAAGCCUCUGAGCUGGGACCUGCGGAAGGCGGGACUCUGGGCCCGGGGGCGGGGAUAGGGCUUGUGGGGGGCGGGGCCUGGGCCUUGGAGGAGGAGCUGGGACAGGCGGGGGGUGGAGCCUCGGGCUCGGAGACGGAGGGGAACGAGGCCCAGGCGCCGGGGGCGGGGCUCCAGCCGGUGAGCGGCGUGGGUGCAGCUCAGGAAAAGGGAUCUCGUUCCGCCGAGGGUGGGGCUCCGGGGCUGGGGGCGGAACCGCGCCCUCUGAAGGGUGGGGCCAAGGAGCCGAGCGCAGGGGUAGGCCCAGGUAAUGGCCCGGGGCGUCCACGCGGGGGCGGGCUCCGUGGUGGCCGGGCCUGGGAGCGUGGUAGGCCGAGAACUCCCCCGGGAGAGGUGGUGUGGGUUGAGCGGGCUCGACGGUCACCCGACACGGGGCCAGUCUGGGUGCCCCGCAGACCCCCGAGGGCUCAGAGCUGGGGAGGUGCCCCGGGCGAAGGCACAGGGCCGGCCUGGGGGGUCUCCCCAGAGGACCGGGGCUCCCCGGAGCCCCCCAGUGGCGAUGUGUGGGUGCCUCGGGGCCGAUCCCCUGCAGCGGCGGCAGAGGUGUGGGUGUGCUGGGCAGGGGGCAACUGGGUUUGGCGUGAGUGGUGUCGCCCGGUCAGGGCAACUGCUGUGCAGGCAGAUAGGGUCUGGACUUUGCGUAAAGGGACGGGUGGGAAUUGA